GUAAAGGAGACCAAAUUAUUCCAUAGUGAGAAAUAAAUCGGUUCAGCAGAAUCGGAGAUAUAGGCACCCAAGUAACAAAAAACGGCAAAAACGGUUUUGCCUAGAUUCCAGGUGCAAAAUCCAAAUGAAAUCAAAAUCAUAAGUAUUUUCGUAAAUCAUUUGACCCUAGCAAUAGAAAAAAUAGCAUGAGAACCCAGGGACAAAAAAAAGUUCAAAAUUGUUGCACAGUGAAAUAAAUCCAGAAUCCAGAUAUAUUUUAACACAUUUAAUCCAUAUAAUAGCAUUUUCACAAUUUUUAUAUCGGAUUUCCUAUUCAAUAAAUAAAUUACUAUACUCUCUGUAAAAUCCUUAUCGACAUUCCCCAAAUGCGUCUUUAAUGGAUGUUGAUCUAAUAACAAUAAAGUGUCCAUCAAAAAUGUUAUAAAAAAAAAUAGCAAAGAAGAGGAAUAAAAAGCAACUUUUCCCACAAAAUAAAGACCAAAAAGCAAUAAAUACAGUGAAGUGAUAGACAAAGUUUCUUAGCAAAGUAGAAUGGGAAGCUUGAGAAGAAAAAAAGAAUUUGUCAAACAGCUUGAGAAAAGAUGUCUCGACAAAAGGAUGUGUGAGAGAGAGAAAGACUUCUUAGAAAAUCAACACGUGACUAAACACCAACGUACACCCUUUAUCCCUCUUGUUCCGAAACCCAUGGCAAACAAACUCGACUGUUUGGUCGAUCUAAGAGGAGUCCCUCAAGAGGAUUUCUAACUGCAAAAGGAGUCCACAAGAGAAAGAAGACAUAUGGAGCCCAUUCACCGAGACGGGAAAAUACGUGAGCAAGUGGAGCUAGAGGACCGCAUGAGGCGAGAAUAUGGCAUAAAAUGGGGAAUGUUGGCUGAGAAAGCCACAAAUGAAUUCUACAAUCCUGGCAAGAUUAAUGCAGAGUUCAGGGAACGUUUCAAAAAGGACACUGAAACCUUUCCCUACGAUUACACAGGCAGCGGAGAUUCUUUCUUCAUUUCCAAAGACAUGUACAAUGCCUUGGUUAAAAUUUGUCGUUGUGGACGACAGAAAACCGAGGGACAUGUCCUUAAAUGUUUGCAGAGAGUCAAAGCAAAAUAUAUCGAGGAUGUUCAGGUAACUGAAGCCGAGGAUCGAAAAGAUUUGAAGGCACAAUCAACGAGUAACUUCCUAAGACGUCUUCCACCGACUUCUGCAGGAGUCGUUGGAUGGCCUCAACAUACCUAUCAACAAUGGGAAAGCUCUACAAAAUACAUUUCACCGCGCUACACAAUGCCCGGACCCCGUAUUCAAGAUCAGCCCUACGGAAGUAUUUUCAUCGGGUAACGGACCUAUAUAGCAAAAAAAAGGACACCCUCUACAAAUCGGCCUGAGUACUACGUAAAAAAAAGUCAGAGGCAGUCAGCAAAUCUGUGCCGAAGAGUGGCCAAGUGCUGACGCUGCUCACUGGCGAUUAGGAUAUGGAAUGCCACCAUAAAUAACACACUUAAAUCAUUGCAUUAGAGACAGACGUGAAUGAUUUACUGGGCAUUGGUGUAAAUUUAUAUUCACUCCCUCUACCCUCACACACAAGCUUUCAUUCUCAUACGCAUAUGUAGUCUAUAGUUUUAACCUCAUACACAGCCUCCCCUUAUCCUUCUCCUAUAAAUUCUCAACCGCCAGCCACGGAGGUGCAAAGUGAAAAUUCUUUCACGCAAUUUUUACUAAAGCUGGUGUUACAUUCAGUAAAAAAAAAUAAUAUUUCAUGCAGAUGAAUUCUUGUACAGCUUCCAGUGGCAUAAUAAAAAAUUUUAUACAUUUUA